AUGGCAAGUGCACAAGAUGAAGCCGCGAUCGCGGAACUGAAAAAGAAGAGAACAUUCAGAAAGUUUUCAUAUCGUGGUGUUGAUCUCGAUCAAUUGUUGGACAUGAAUCGGUCUGCUAUUCGUGUUUCUUCGUUCUUUUUGCUCGGUUUUUAUCAAUGCUCAGAUGAAAAUCGAACAAUUCACUUCGCCGAAGAGGAUUUCAGCCGAGAAAUUGGUGAAACUCUUGAAAUGUAA